AUGAUGAGUUUGUUUUUCAGUGGCUGGAAUUAUUAUACAGGUCCAGCUUCUGAAGGAAGAAUCCUUCUAAUUUGGCAGAGGCAUAGUGUCUCUGUUGAGGUUCUGAAGGAAAGUGAUCAAUUAAUACAUGUCUAUGUUCAGGAAGUGAGGUCUAAUAAGAAGUUUUGUGUUACUUUUGUGUAUGGUAGGAAUUCGAUUGAGGAGAGAAUGCAGCUUUGGGAUGAUCUCUCUGGUUUAUGUUUUCCAGCCACUCCUUGGCUUGUGGCUGGGGAUUUUAACACAGUUUUUGAGGUUACUGACAAAGUUGGAGGCCGUAAUAUUACUGCCAUGGAAUUGGUGGAUACUCAAAAUUGGAGAGCCUUAGGGUUGGUUGAUGAGAUGCGCACUAGAGGUUCUCAUUUCACUUGGACAAAUAAGCAAGCUAAUGAGGAUAGAAUCAACUCUAAACUGGACAUAAUUUUUAUAAAUGAAGAUUGGUUGGACUUAUUCCCUCAUGCUGAAGCUAUUGUUAACUGGGAAUUGCUUUCAUAUCAUUGUUUUUGUAUUAUAAAAUCAGGAGCUGCAUUGAACUGUGGAAACUGGGUGCUCCAGCAGGUCCUUCGAAAGUUUAACAAGAGUACUGUGGGAGAUGUUGUUCAGAACCAUAAUACUGCUAAGGAUAAAUACCAAGCUGCUCAAUUGUCUCUUCAAAGUGACCCUCACUCAUCAGAUUUGAAAAGAGAGGAGAGGAUAGUAGGUGAGAUGUUUGCUAAUCAUGCUAGAAUAUAUGAAAGCUUUCUUAGGCAGAAAAGUAAAGUGAAUUGGCUUCGUUAUGGUGAUGAUAAUACGGCUUAUUUUCACGCCUGCUUAAAACAGAGAAGGGCUUCUAACCGUAUCACUUCAUUUGUUAAUGAGUCUGGUCAGUUGAUUGAGAGGUUUGAGGAUGUAUUGGAUCACUUUGUGAAUCACUUUCAAAAGAUUAUGGGAAGUCAGAGUAGUGCCUCGGUGCCUAUUCAGAGGUCUUGCUUAAGAUUUGGUUAUAGGUCGUCUUUGGACCAUCAGAUUGGUUUGAUAAAGCCAUUUACUAGAAAGGAAGUGGAAGAUGCUUUGUUUAGUAUUAGUUCAAUUAAAAGUCCAGGUCCGGAUGAGUAUGGAUCAGGUUUUUUCAAAGCCAUGUGGAAGGAUAUGGGAGCAGAAAUUUCAGAGGCCAUUCUUGAUUUCUUUGAGCGGGGUAUGCUGCCUGAAGAGAUGAAUAAGGCUACAAUUUCUUUGAUUCCUAAGGUUGAAACCCCUACCAAGGCAGUGGAUUAUCGGCCCAUAGCGUGUUGUAAUACUAUCUAUAAAUGCAUUUCUAAAAUGCUUUGUGGUAGAUUGACGAAAGUUCUUCCUAGUCUAGUUAGUCAAAAUCAAGGAGCGUUUGUGCAAAAUAGAUUGUUGGCGCAUAAUAUUCUUAUACUUCAGGAUAUUAUUAAAGGUUAUAAAAGGAAAAACAUCUCUCCUGGAUGUGUAAUGAAGAUAGACCUGAGCAAAGCUUAUAACAUGUUAGAUUGGCACUUUUUGGAAGAUAUUCUCAUUGCUUUCUGUUUUCCAAACAGAUUUAUCAAGUGGGUGAUGACUUGUUUGAAGAAUACUACUUAUUUGAUUUUAAUGAAUGGUAGGAUUCAAGGAGGCUUUAAAGCUUCGCUAAACAAGGAUUUCCGGUUUCAUCCAAAGUGUAAGAAUCUGAAACUUGUUAAUCUGUGCUUUGCCGAUGAUUUGGUAAUAUUUUGCAAGGGCGUGUCUAACUCGGUUCAGAUAAUUAAGGACUGUUUCACUGAGUUCAGUUUGGCAUCUGGUCUGUCAGCCAAUUUGGAGAAGUCAUAG